AUGGCUGACAUUGGCGCCCAAAUCGCCCUUGACUCGGAUGAGACGGAUUCGGCCUUUGGCGAUGACUCGGCUUCCGAGACAACAUCGCUCAAGUCGGCCGUAGUCAACUACAAGUACCGCAAUGGCCGCCGCUACCAUGCCUACAAGGAAGGCUCAUACUGGGGGCCCAAUGACGAGACACAGGCCGAGCAGCUAGACAUUGUCCAUCACAUAUGUCUCCUCCUCCUCGAUGGCGAGCUGUACAUGGCCCCGCUGACCAAAGACCCAAUGCGUGUAUUGGACUUGGGCACCGGCACUGGAAUUUGGGCAAUCGAUUUUGCAGACAGAUUCCCCUCGUGCGAGGUGCUGGGAACCGACCUCAGUCCCACACAACCCUCCAUGAUACCCCCCAACCUUCGCUUCGAGGUCGAUGACUUCACUGAGCCUUGGCUAUUUCGCAAAGAGAGCUUUGAUCUCAUCCACGCACGAUCCCUCUUUGGCUGUGUCGCUGAUUGGCCCAAGUUCUACCAGGAGGCACUCGACCACCUCCAGCCCGGCGGUUGGUUUGAACAACUCGAAAUGUCCGUUGUUCCCAAAUCCGACGACGGCACUGUAGAACCUGGCUCCAUCUUUGACAAGUGGGGCAAGAUUUCGCUUGAACUUGGUGAGAAGUUUGGAAAAUCGCUGCGUACCGCCGACGAGGCCAAGGCUGGUGUCGAGGCUGCUGGUUUCAUCAACGUCGUUGAACACCGCUGGAAACUGCCUAUUGGUGGCUGGCCUGCUGAUAAGCGCUUCAAGGAGCUUGGUCUUUACAACCGCAUUAACUGGGAGCAAGGCAUAGAAGGGUGGAGCAUCUAUCUACUCACCACCGUUAUGGAAUGGACCAUCGAAGAAGUUCAAGUCUACUUGGCUCUGAUGCGCCAGGCCUUGCGUGAUCGGCGCAUCCAUGCCUAUCAAGAAGUGUCGUUGGUUUAUGGCCAGAAGCCACCAAGGCCUUCAGCACCUUCACCAUGA